UAUUUCAUCGAAGCUGCGAAAGUAUACAAAGGUAGAAACCAAUAAUUUGGCCAUUUCUGAGGCUGAGGAACGGAUAGCCCAAAAAACCCAUCAAAUGUUCUGAGAGAUCAAACCCCUUCCCCCAAUCCUCCUUCCAACCAAAGCAUGUCCAUUUCCAUGGCCUUGUUUUCUCCGCCAACCCACCCUCCAUCCCUUUCUCCCUCUAUAUCUCCCAAAACCCAUCUCACCGUCAAACCUCACCUCUCACUCAGACCGCCCAAGACGCCUUUCUUCCUUCUCUCCACCACCAGGUCCUCAGCAGACAAUGGAGCUGGAACUUCAGCCUCAGCUGCAACCGCACUUGAACCGGAAGCAGGCCAGAAGGUAGCUGAACCUCCGCAGCCGGUUGUUGAGAAGGAUGCGAGCUCUGCUGGGGCCAAUGGGUCUGCAGGGGCAGCGGAAGCAGUAGAAGUUAAGGUGGUGAGUAAGUUUGAGGAUCCCAGAUGGGUCGAAGGGACUUGGGACUUGAAGCAGUUUGAGAAAGAUGGAAAACCCGACUGGGAUGCUGUUAUUGAUGCUGAGGCUAAGAGGAGAAAAUGGCUUGAGGGUAAGCCUGAGUCAUCCAGUAAUGAUGACCCUAUAGUGUUUGACACAUCCAUCAUACCUUGGUGGGCAUGGACGAAAAGGUUCCAUCUACCUGAAGCUGAGCUACUUAAUGGCCGUGCUGCAAUGAUAGGCUUUUUCAUGGCUUAUCUGGUUGAUAGCUUGACUGGGGUAGGUCUGGUUGAUCAAAUGGGCAACUUCUUUUGCAAAACUCUGUUGUUUGUAGCCGUUGUUGGAGUUCUUGUGAUCCGGAAGAAUGAGGAUAUAGAGAACUUAAAGAAGCUGCUGGAAGAGACAACCUUUUAUGACAAGCAAUGGCAAGCAACCUGGCAGGAUGAGACCCCUGGCGGUUCCAAGAAUCAGUAAUGAAAUUGCGAUUCUUGAGUUUGCCCCUUCAAAUUUAAUCCGCAUCUUUCUUGAAUUAUCCAAAAAAGAAGUAAAAGAAAAAUUAAUGAGCUCCCUUUUAGUUACCUGUUAUUGUAAUUACUUUGUUCUAGUGGAGAAUGAUGAUUUAAAUUCCCAUCAGUUACUUAUCAAAAAAAAAAAAAAAAGAUUUAAAUUCCCAUCAGUCAUUGUAUUUUAGUUUUCUAAUAAUUAGUUCUUUCGCAUUUGCAGUUGCAAGCUUCUUCUUUUCUGAA